UCUGUGUUUUUUCUAGUUAUCAGAUCUGAACUACUGCUGUACUUUCUCACAUUUUGUGUUCAUUUUGGUUUCUAAUAUUAAAGACAGAAGAACCUCCACAAAUGUUUUUUUUUUGUAACUCAAUCAAGACAAAUAAGGUAAUAAUUAACUCUAAACAAGCACAGUAGAUGAUCAGUUGUCUCACAACCACUGAGCAACUAAACCGUCUAUAAUGGCACGAAUAUUCUGGAUCUGCAUAUUUCAUCUCCUUGUGUGCAAUAAUGCUGCGGAAAAAUCAUAUCUAAUCACUGCACCUAAACUCCUGCGACUCGAUGCCUUUGAGAAAGUGGUGGUACAGUUGUUUGGCUAUGAUCAGGAAACCAAAGUGGAUCUUUACCUAACGAGAACGCUGGCAUUAAAUGAUCAAACAUAUGCAGUUCAGUCCCUGAAGCUCAAUGCCCAGAAUAAAUAUCAAGCUGCAGCUACUUUACGGAUAAUGCCUCAAGACUUCCCUAAGGAGGUCAACUUUGUCUACCUUCAGGCUAUUUCUGGUGGCUUCAAUAAACAUCAAAAAAUUCCAGUUACUACUGUCAACGGUUUUCUCUUUAUCCAGACUGACAAGCACCUAUACACACCUGAACAGGAGGUAAAAGUGCGUGUUUACUCUGUCAACGAGGAGCAGAGAAAAUCUAACCGGCCUGUUAUCCUCACAUUUAUAGACCCUGUUGGCAUCAAGGUUGAAAUGAUUGAUUUGACAGAUAUCCGUGGAGCAAAACCACUUCUUCCUCCUUUCAAAAUACCUCUUAAACCAACUUUUGGAAUCUGGAAAAUUGUUGCCAGCUAUGCUGAGACUUUUCAAACAACUGCCACUGCUGAAUUUGAGGUCAAGGAAUAUGUGCUGCCCAGCAUUUCACUCCAAAUUGUGCCUGAAGCAAACUACGUCAGUGCUGAGAACAUUGAGUCUUUCCCGUUGAAGAUUUUAGCCAAGUAUGUCCAUGGAACACCAGUUAGUACAGCGGAAGUGUUCUUGAGAUUUGGGUACAGUUCUCCAGAAAAAACUGUCAUGAUCCCCUCAACAUUUUAUAAAUAUGAGAUGAGAAAUGGAAAGCUGGAAGUUAGUCUAAAUAUCAAGUCAGCUCUGUCAAAGGUGCCUGAUGGGCCUCAGCAACUGAGUGACAUGGGUGAAAACAGCUUUCUUCAUGUGACAGUUUUACUGCAGGAGACAACUGGUGGUCUCUCCCAGCAGGCUGUGCUCUCGAAUGUGAAAUUUGCACAAUCUCCCUUUAUCCUGAGUCUGGUUGCAACCCCUCCUUUCAUAAAACCAGGCUUACCAUACCCUAUUAGAGUCUUGGUUCAAGAUCCAUUGGGUGUACCGGUAAAAGGUGUGCCAGUCAAGGCAAGGGCAACUAUAACUACAGCUAACAAUGAACAGGAAGAGCUCAAAUUCUUAGGGCAUCUGGAUACAAUAACAGUGACAAGUCAGAAAGAUGGAAUUGUUUAUUUCAUCAGUAACAUACCUGAUAAAGUACAAAAAGCUGAAUUCAAAUUUGAGACAGCAGAUGAUUCUUGGACAAGUGCUGAACUUACACUAAAGGCUGAAUCGUAUGUGUCGAUUAAUCAUCGUUACCUGCACAUCGAUUUACCAUCGGAAUCUGCAGAAUUUAAAGUUGGACAGUAUAUUAACGUCAACAUUUACUUUCUUUAUCGUGACUAUCUUUCCCUGAAGACCUUUAGUUACCAGGUCAUCUCAAGAGGAAAAGUUGUGAAGUUUGACACAGUUGAUCGUGUCAGUGACAAGAUUCAGAGCCUUAACAUUCUUGUGACCCCUGAAAUGGUGCCAUCUGCUCGCCUACUGGUGUACUACAUCCUGUAUGGGCAGGAACAUGCUGAACUUGUGGCAGACUCUGUGUGGAUUGAUGUUAAGGCUAACUGUGUGAAUAAUUUAAAUGUGGAACUCUCAACUCUCAACACACAGCAAAGCUACAAACCCAAAGAUAAGCUUCAAUUAAGAGUGUCAAGUAAGAAUACCAGAGAUGAGACCCUUGUGGCCUUGUCUGCUGUAGACACAGCACUGUACAACCUAAAACCAAACGAUAAGGACCCACUGAAUAAGAUACUGCAACAUAUUGAGAAAAGUGACUUGGGUUGUGGAAGAGGAGGAGGCAAAAAUAAUGCUGAUGUGUUUGACCGCGCCGGACUUAUGUUCAUUACCAAUGCAAAUGCCGAGACCUCUAGUGCAGCCGGGGUUUGCACAACUAAGGUUAGGCCAACGCGUUCAAUUGCCCUGAGUGAUAAGUAUCAAGAAAUGGCACAUAAAUAUGGGAAGUACAAGAAUUGCUGCACAUCUGGGGCACAGAGUAGCCCGACCCUUGAACCCUGUGAAGAUCGUGCUAGGAGAUUGAAUAAGUACUUUAAGUGUAAAGCUGCCUUCUCCCAAUGCUGUAAGGCUGCUCAAAUGAUCCGUCAAGAAAGCGAGGACAAGAUCAUCCUAAGUCGUGCAGCAAUAGGGUUUUUGAUGGAUGUGGCACCACAUCAAAUUCGUAGCUACUUCCCUGAAAGUUGGCUAUGGGAGGAACAGACAAUCAGCAGUUCUGGAUCAGUUAGCAUCAACAGAGAGCUCCCAGAUUCACUGACUACUUGGGAGCUGAAAGCAGUUGGGAUUUUCAGUGAGGGGAUAUGUGUGUCAGAUCCUGAAAAUGUUCAGGUGUCUCAGGAUAUUAGUGUGGAUGUCCCUUUGCCUUAUUCCAUGGUGCGAGGAGAGCAGAUUGAGCUCAAGGGGUCUGUCUACAAUCAGCAUACUUCAAAAGUUUCAUUCACCUUGUCCUUGACUGCACCAGAGGGAGUGUGUGUGUUUCUUGGUACUCAGCGGGGGAAAUAUGGAGUACUACAUCAAAACAAGGGGACAGUAGAGGCUCGUUCAGUGGCCUUGGUCAAGUUCUACAUCAUGGCUUUGGAAGUGGGCACUCAUAAACUCACUUUCACUUUAAAAACAUCAAUAGCGUCUGAGAGUGUGGAAAAGAAGUUGAGAGUCGUGCCAGAGGGAAUCAGAAAGGAAAUACUAACAGGAAAAAGGAUAGAUCCUAGGGGUGUCUAUGGUACCACAAUACAUAAAAUUGAGUUCAAAACCUCUCUUCCUCCAAAAAUUGUGCCAAAGUCAUCUGUGGACCGUGUUCUCUUAAUUGGUGGUGAAGUACUGGGAAAGCUUCUGUUGAUAAUAAAUAGCCCACAAGGUUUAAAGCAGUUGACUGACCUGCCAAGAGGCUCUGCAGAGAUGGAGCUCAUGGCUCUUCUGCCAGUCUACUAUGUUUACCACUACCUGGAGAGCACAGAGGGAUGGGCCAUUCUGGGUCAAGAGGCAUCUACGACUCCCAAGGAAAUAAAGAGGAAGAUGCAAGCUGGCAUCACCAGCAUCAUGUCUUUUAAGUUAAAGGAAGAAUUUGCCUUCAGCAUGUGGUCAGUAGAGGACAAAUCAGCCAGCACCUGGGUGACGGCUCUCAUUGUCAAGACGUUUGCUGAUAUGAAUCAAUAUAUCCCUGUAAACACCGAUGUGCUGACCAACACCAUUCAGUGGCUAAUAAAAGAAUGUCAAAAUAACGAUGGCUCCUUCACUGAGAAGUCAAAAAUCAAACCACUAAAACUUAUGGGUGCCGGAGCAGAUGUAACUGAAGAGACAGUUUUCCUCACAUCUUAUGUGAUGAUUGGAAUCUCAAAUGCUCUGAAGAUACAAAAUGUUAACAUACAGGCCUUUAGAAAUGCCAUAGAUCAAGCAGCAAGGUACCUCUACUCUAAGACGAAGACGAUACAAAAUGUAUAUGUUAGAGCCAUUGCAUCCUAUGCCCUGACACUAGCAGACAUACAUAGCAUGCCUGCAGUCAAACUUUACGAGGAACUUAAAAAAGAGGCUCAGAUUGAAGGUGACCCAGUCACAGUUCGUUACUGGGAAGACACAAAACAAAUCAAGGAUCGAUUAAAACCCAGUAAAGAAACAGCAAAUAUGGUGGAAACAACAGUUUACGUCCUGCUUAAUGCUUUAUAUAGAGGUGAUUCCAGCUAUGCAAAACCAAUCCUGAACUGGUUGACGCAAGACCAGAGAUAUGGAGGGGGUCUCCAUUCAACACAGGAUACUAUUCUCACUUUGGAGGCCCUAACUAAGUACAGCAUCCUUGCUAAACAAGCCAAAUUAGACAUGGUGGUCAGCAUUGAAUACAAGACUAAAGGUGACAUCAGCCGUAUACAACUAAAUCAGCAGAUGCCAGUGGCUAAACCAAUAGAGGUGACCCAAAAUGACGAUAUUAUUGUUAAAACAGCAAUGAGCUCUGGCGUGUCAUUUGUCACAUUGAGAACAGUGUUCUAUGAGAUGAAUGAAAUUGAUGAAAACUGCCAGUUUGAGACAUCAAUUGACAUUCAUGACCGUAUGGCAAAUUCAAAUGAUCCCAUGUUUUUGUCACAGCGGAUUGUGGCAUGUGCAAAAUACAAGCCACAUGAAAACGCAGUUGGGAGUGAGGCAGGACUCACAGUAAUGGAAAUUCAUUUGCCGACUGGGGUGAGCCCAGUUCUGGAAGAUCUAGAUAUGUACCAGAAUGGACUUGAGUCACGAUUUUCCAACUACGAAAUCAUGGGUGACAAAGUCAUCCUUCAAAUUGAUUCAAUUCCCUCAGAGGAGUUCUACUGUGUGGGUUUCCGUAUUCAAGAGGACUUUGAAACUGGCAUGACUAAAGCCUCUGUAUUCAGAGUUUAUGAAUUUUAUGAUCGAGCAAAUGAAUGCAUCAAGUACUACUAUCCAGAAAGCCGUAAGCUGUUACGACUCUGUGAGGGAGACAAAUGCCAAUGCAUGGCAGCGGAAUGCUGCAACUUUAAAUCCACCAUUGAUUCCAGUAUCACCAUUGAACAGCUCAUCAAGGAUGUGUGCAAAGAAAAUGUCAAAUAUGCUUUUAGAGUGUUAAUUGAAUCCUCCAAGGCAGGUGGGGAUUUUGUGACUUACAAAGCAAAAGUUGAAGCAGUCCUCCAAAAAGAACAAGGAGUUGACCUAAAAAAAGAUUCAGAGAUAGAAUUAAUUAAAAAGGCAACUUGCAGUUCUACAAAUUUCGAAGUUGGUAAGCAGUAUCUAAUCAUGACUGCUGAGCGCAUGCAGAUACAAGUGGGUCGUUCUUACAAGUAUAAGUUUCCUAUGGACUCACAAUCUUGGGUGAACUGGUGGCCACACGACUCCAACUGCAGAGAUGAAGCCUGCAGAAAAUAUGUCAAAGUUUUGAAUGAUUUUGAAUUAGAUUUCUUAUUAUCUGGCUGUGAGGAUCAGUGAAAAAUACAAUGCCAAUUAGAAGAUGUCAUUCUUAUGACUAUUGUUAUGCUAUAACUUUGUUGGGUUCUUGUACAUGAUAGCAUAAUCCAACAGGUCUGAACAGGCCUAAAAGCAUCCUUCAAUAAAAUUUACUAUUUCUGAUCCUAAAUUGUAUGAUGAUUUUUAUUUCAU